AUGCUAAUUGGUCAUUAAGUUCCAAAUGUCGAAUUUAUCAAUUAAUAAGAAGAAAUAUCUAGAACAAAGGGGAUUGUAAAAUAUUAAGAUUAUUGUUAGAGAAUUUAUAUCAAUGUCUUUAAACAAUACACAUUUUUGAACCUUAUCAAAUAAAAAUGAAGUAUUUAUCUAUGAGUGGAAGAAUUAAAAGAUUCAAUAACUUGGUUCAACUGUGACAAUUGAUUCCUAGUUUACUUGUUUUAACAUCAAUUUGUCAUCAUUGUAAAAAUUUUUGAUAGAUUGUUAUUAGAACUAUGAAUUCGUUUUAAUUUAAUUAAUGGAUGAGUAAUCAAUUCUUGCUCAUUCAAUAUAGUCAACCAAUACUUUUGCUACUUUCAUCAUCAUUAUCAUUUUUUAUUAGAGUAGCUAAAACAAUAAAUUUAUAGAUUUUGAUAUUGAUUAAGAUGGAAAUUAAAAACAAUUGGAAACUGGGUAGAAUUGGAUGAAGGAUUUAAUGUAUGCGAUGAAAAUUCAAAAUAAGUAACUUAUAAUGGUCAAUAUAAUAUGAAUGGCAUAAAGAUGGGUAGAUGCGAUAUUAUGUUUUGUAAGUUUGGUUAGAAGUAAUAUAAAUAAAUGUAAAUAUUAUAUAAGGAUAAAGGGAAUAUAAAUCUAUAUAGUGGCGGUGGAUCAUAUCAUUAAAAUGAAAGUUUGAAAAAGAUUGGAAAGUGGGCUGAAUUGGAUCAAGAUUUUAAUGAUGGUUAACACGCUCCAAAAUAAAUCAUUCAUAUUGGUGAAUAUGAUAAGAAGGGUCAAAAAAUAGGUAUUUGGAUAGAAAUGGAUAUAAAAGACAAUAAAAACAAACAAAGAGAAGAAAUAUGA